CAGGUCACCAUUGUUGUCCCUCCGACUCCACCGAUGUGGCUCUGCAGGAAACAGUGUCAGAUGGGUUGUUUCGAUCACAUGUGUUUAUGUAUCUGAUCUGAUCCAGGAAGAGAUGGAAGGACCUGCUUUUGUCCUUUGCAGGAACAUUGUUUUUCUUGGCCAUAGUGGGUUAUUCCAAAAUGAUGGCUGAUAUAAAGUUAAUUAACUAAUAUCGAGAAACAGUAAUAUGAAAGCCAAGAACAGCUUAAGACAAAUCCCACAAUGAACUUAUGAAAUAAGUGCUAUCUAGAUGUUCGACGGUGGUCUGAAUUCCUUGUCGGGGUUUGGUGUGAUUUAUGAGGGAAAGUAAGGGAGGAGCUCUGGCUCUGUUUAUCUCUGGAGAUCUCCGUAGGUUCAGUGUGAAGUACUGAUAACCUCUGGAGCUUUCCUGGGUAGGGUCCGGAAAGAGUCACGGUGUGUCUCUGCAUUUAUAAACACAGCUCCCGCCCCGUGUCCUGGUAGAACUGUUUACAUGUCAUUGCUCAUAACUGUGCCAGGGUAUUCUGGUAACCUUUUGACCAUCAUUUUCUCAUCGCAAACCUCUAGACUCAAAAUCCUCGGAAGGUCCAUCUCAUUCCCACAACUGGAGCUCAGCAAUGUACAACAACAGCUACUCCCGGGCCACUCUGGGACUGGAGACCAAACACAUCCACAAGGCGAAGAAGGGGAAAAGCUGUGGCUACUACAUGAGGAUCCUCUUCUUCUUCUCGUCUCUGAUCCAGUCCCUCAUCAUUGCCAGUUUGGUGCUCUUCCUGGUGUACGGCCAGCCGGAGAAGACCGCCGAGGAGAAGAGAGUGGAAGAGCUGGAGCUGGCCUUUAACAAGCUCUCCACAGACAACACCAAACUCAGAAAAGACAAAGCUGACCUCACCAGUGCCCUCAAAGCAAAGACUGGAGAGAAGGAUGCAGCAGAUAAAGAAAUAGCAAAACUGAAAAAUGACUUGAACUUGACAACAAUCAAGAGCAGUAACGUGCAGAAGUCUCUUUCUCUUUGUGAGGCCAGUAAAAUAAAGCUUUUGAGCACUCGAAAUACUCCACUCCCAUGUCCACCAAGCAAUAACAAUCAGAACGGUGAAAUAAAAUCUCUAAAUUCUCUUCUGGAACAGCAGAAAGUUCUAUAUGGAAUCCUUAAGAAUAACUUCAGCCAAACGGUGGAGUACCUUAAAGCUGACUUGGACAAUGCAGUGAAGGAUAAAAAUGAACAUCAUAGUCUGGUGAUACAGCUGAGACAAGAAAACCUGAGUCUGAAAUCCCAGCUUGAUGUUUACACCAAGAAAUGCAAAGAAGACUUUGCAGUGUCCCUCCAGGGCAUCCAGACGGUCACAAGUGCCUUCCUGACCAAAAUCGACAACUUCUUUACCAACUCGGUCACGUUUCACCUCACCUGCCCCAAACAGGAAGAACAGAUGGAAAGGAUUCGCUCCAACUGCUCAAGCCUCUCUCGGCAGGUGGAGGACAAGUUCCAGAGCUACCUGGACAGCGUGGGAGCGAAGGUCUCGAGCAUUCAGAAACAGAGCAGCCGUCUGGAAGUACAGAAUGGGGAACUGACUUCAGAACUGGACAUGUGCAAAACGGAUUGGGAAAAAGAGGCUACGGAGAGCAGCAAAAAACUGCAGGAUGCCCAACAGAAGUAUGAUAAGCAACUGGAGCAGCUUCUUAAGGAGCAAAACAGACUGAGGGAAGCCAAAGAACUAGUAGAAGCCAAGCUUGCAGUGAAGGACGCCACAGUUAUAUCGUUGCAAAAUGGCUGCGUACAACAGCCCAAACCUGCUGGUCUUCAACCCCCUGGCACAGCCGGCCUUUAUCCCCCCGCACCUGGUAGGAGCCAUUAACCACUAAAGGCUGGGUGUGGAGAAGGGAAUGAUCUGAAUCCCAAGGGCGGACUCUGAGUUUGUGCGGGAGUUUCCUGAUUUUGAGCCUGUGAUCUGUUUAGUAAAUAAUGUUGUCACUGCGGAUCGCUGUAAAUGCACAUGCACUCUAAUGUUUAGUUCAUUGUAUAGUUGUGUUUCAGCAUCAUGGGCUGUGAACUUGCAUGACAUGAUGUGCUUCUGAGGUCCGAUUCAGUUAUUUAGAAAGGUGCGGACCUAAAAAUGUGAGACUUGCUUUCCUACAAGCAGACAAUUACUAUUAAAUACAAUUUUUCUGUUAAUAUUCCACAUGUGCUAUGAUGUAUAUAAUAUUCUUUACACAUAAUUAUGUUUCAACAAUUACUUGUUUGAACAGAUUUUAAUGUCCUUUAACAGUAUUUUUGUUUUUACAUGUUGGUCUGACUGUCUUGAAUAAAUAAAUU